UUUACAUAAGCACCUUACCAUGUCUCAGAAAGAUCUCAAGACAUUUCACAAUCAACUACCUAGAAGUGCAGUGAUCAUUUUGUCUGGAAACCAGGAAGCUUUUUUGCAUAGUGAAAGAUCUCACAAACAGCAAAGAUACAAGGAUAAUAUUCAUUACCCGAAAUAUGAAAGGCAGGCCAGAUGGUAAAGAUUGUAAUUUACCUUGGGUUGAAUAAUGCGGGGGAGCAGCCAGCUCACACCCUGGAAGUAAGUUAGCAUGGAGCCGACCUGCUCCAUGUCAGCCCACCCUUCAACCAUAACGUGCUGCGGGCGUCUUAACAGUGGGACUUCUGCCCCUCGCUGGGGAGGAAGUCCUGCCCUCGUUGGCCGGCAGCUCCGUGGGUCGCUGCCAGGGCUGCAAGAAAAAUAUGGAGGAGGCCCUGGGCUCCCCGAAGCCGAAGGAAACACGACUUGGAACAAAUUCAUCCUGUGAUCAGGUAGAGGCAGGAGAGACUGGAAAGUAUCCAUGGAUCAGUGAAAGAUAAUCUGGCUAGGAAGGAUGAUGCAAACCCACAUGGAAGAACAUUUGUGUGGUGUUUUCCCCAAAGAUGAUGGUCUCUUUUCAGACUAUUACACAGAGGAGAGCAGUUAUGAGUUUUGUGGACAUGUUUUAAAGAUCACCCAGAACUUCAGUGCUGAUCUGGGAGUUGCUGCUCCAGUCUGGGAUUCUGCUCUGGCUCUUUGUCGGUACUUUGAGGAACAGAAGAUGAGCUUCUGGGAGAGGAAGGUAAUUGAACUGGGUGCAGGCACUGGAAUUGUGGGGAUUCUCGCUGUUCUGUUAGGUGGCGAUGUAACCAUCACAGACCUACCACAUGCUUUGAAGCAAAUAGAGAACAACGUCUUGGCCAAUGUCCCCUCUUCCUGGGCACAUCGCUGCCAGGUCCGUGCCCUGUCCUGGGGCCGCAACCACAGUCGCUUUCCCACCGACUACAACUUUGUUCUGGGCUCCGACAUUGUGUAUCUUCCCGAGACCUAUGCCUCACUUGUCCAGACACUGCGGCAUCUCAGUGCUCAGAGGGCCACCAUUUAUCUCUCUUCCAAAAUGCGGAGGGAGCACGCGACUGCCUCUUUCUACGAGGAGAUCCUACCUCGGCAUUUUCAGUGCCAACUUCUUUACAGGAAUGAGGAGCAAAAUAUCAACCUGUACAAAGUGACUAAAAAAGAACCAAGUGCCAGAGAGCAGUGAUGAACAUAGUAAAGGCAAUCUGUCAUUUAACAUGACUCUCAAGAUGAGACAGCCCUUCUGUAGGUGACCCAUGUUGUAGUCAAUUUGAUGAAUUAUUUUCUAUCUUGCAAUAAAGAUUUCAUUUCCUUUUUGACCCGUUUUUUCAAACACAUUUAAUUCCUGAUGCUGGUGGCUUACUCUGCAACACAGUUCAAUGUAUUCCGGCCACACCUGGUACCUGAGCUAAGUGGCCACUCUUCAUGUAUGAGAGUUAAUGGGCCAUUUGACCAUUUAAGGUACCACAGCCAAGGCUCAUGCCAUUCAGCCAUCCCUAGUUGGUUGUUCCCCCUCCCUCCACAUCAGGCCCAAGGGGACCUGGUGUUAUUGUUCCUGCCUCCUUGGCUAAGAACUUUACCAUAGACUGGGGUUGGACCCUGUGAACUGUUUCGGUACCUGCUCCCAUCUCCCCUCAGCAUAGUCAUUCAGUCAGGUGCAUGUCCUGUCUUCUUUUAUACAAAUAUAAUGGUUUUGUUUAAGCAGCGAGACAUCGCUGGGGGAAGUGAAGUUGAGGAGGGACAAGGGCAGCUGAACGACCACACAGACAGCUGAAACAACAUUUUUGAAUUGCCUGGCUUAUCAGCUUUUUAACGCAGUCACACUUCAGUAGAGACCAAUGCUGGCAGUACACAGAAUAUAUCAACAAAAAUAAGUGUAAAAUUAAUUUUUCUGCCCCUGUUGAGGGUGCCAACCUGAAGGGCUGCUUUGUGAGCCCAGGGUGCCCUCCAAUACCUCAAUUAACCAGGCAGUCUUAAUGUGUGGACAGUGUGGGUCAGUUGAUUUGACUGUAGGGGACAUCAGAAUUAACCCUGAAGUCAUACACACACACCCACGCAUACACACAACAGAAAUCAGGAGCAGGGACAUUGAUCAGGAGCAGAGACUCUGGCUGUUUCCCCCUUCUUCGCCAUCCUAACCACGAAACACAAAGGCCAAUUGUAGUGUCCCCAUCACUGUAUAGGUUGACCCAGUAUUUUUUUUUGAAGUAUUUGACAUUUAGGUAAGUGACCCUAAGGAUAGGGACUGUAUGGAAAACUUUUGCGGGUUUGUGAGAGAUAGCAAUGAGUUGGAUUGCCUGGAAUUUCUGUUGAUUGAAACUGCUUGUUGGAUAGGUUUGAUCAGAUCUCCUCUGGCCCACUCGAAUGGAGCAUGAAUUGGUCGAGAGAAAUGUCACCCUGCUUGAGCUAUGCCUCUUGCUGGACAAUCUGAGAGCUGGGAUUGACAAUAAUUAUGUAGCUGUUACCAUCUUCCUGAUUGAAGGAAAAUACGUCAUGGAUGUAGAAAACAACAGAAUUAUGUACAUUGAAUUUAUGCUGCAGUAAGGAAUGUUAGUGCUGGAGAAGAGAAUUUUGUAUUGAAUCUUUUCCCAAAGUGUGCCAUGGGCUUUGGAUCUUUGCUGGCAGCUCACUUUCAGAGAAUUGACUGUCUGACAUUGAUUUUGCAUGCUAAGAACUGCAUGGAUCAAAUGUGAAGUUCCCCUUCACUACUUUAACAAUAUGCCUUAAAUCUUGUCUUAAACAAGCACCCUUAAUCCAUCAGCAGGACUUUUCCUCAACUUUGCAAUGUCAUUCACACUGUGGACUUUCACUCACCAAAGCUGGAUCACUGCAGCCCCCAAAUCAUUUCACAAAGGACUGAAGGGGGCCAUCCAUUCCACCAACUUGGGCUGGAUCCAAACCCAGGUUAAGUGAAAGACCAACUUUGUGACACAUUGCUACCCACCUAACACUUGCCAAAAAUAAUUAUAUUAAUGGUCAUAUUUAUGGAGUUUUUCAGGGUUGUUAUCUUGAAUAAAGAUAGUGCUUUAAAUGUGAACAGAAUAUCAAAGAUAAAGUGCCUCCAAGCUAACUGUGCCUGUUUCUCUAUUCUGUUUAUCAGCAUUUUUGUGUACCUAGGUUUACCAAGUUUCUGUAUGCUAAUCACUUAGUAAUAUGUCUACUUUAACUCUGCUCCAGAACCAAGAGAAUGUAUUGCAAUGACCAAAGAAAAAUAAACUGACUAAUCAUCACCGCUUUGAAACUUGUUCAAUACUUUUAAUCUGUAAAAAACGACCAAAUCAAUCAUAAAGACAAAAACUUUCAAA